AUGAAUCCUCAAUCGGACACCUCACUCUCAUCAGACUCCGCCCAAGCAUACCAUGGACCUCCAUCCCAGAAGACGACCGUGUCUUCUCACAGCAAGACAUGGAAGGGCAAAAUGGCAGCAGGGGUGAAGAAGAUAGGUCUUCCCUUCAGGAAGAAAGCACCAGACGAAACAGCAUCUCUCCAAACGAUGGAGACGGGUCCGGAGAGCAGCUACAUGUACGAGAAGCCUGAAGAAUCUACAUUGAUGUCGCUAGAGGAAGAAUCCUCACCGACCGAGGCCAUGAAAUACGCCUCCCAAGUACAACACCAGGAGCCAUCAAAGGAGAGUGGGUACAACCAAAUGCCAGGUGCGAUGUGGGAAGUAGCAGCAGCGGCCCAGAUAGUUCAGACUACGGGAGUGCCCGGUCAACAGACGAGCACACCCAGCAGUCAUGAGGAGAGCCCGUCAUGGCAAGAAGCAGCACAACAAUGGAAGGCGAGCCAAGGGAUACGACGGGGGAUUCCCCAGAGCCAAGAAUCCAAGGCCCUGGGUCCCCAACCAGCUCCUCCAGCUGGCUAUCCUGGUACUCAGCAGAUGGGACUCGACGAGUCUAUGGGAUCAACACUCCACGAUGUUAUUCGUUGCCAAUCCCUGGCUCAAGCCAAUAUGUUCCAGACCCUCCAAUCCAACCUGACCCCAGAGAACAAACCCAACCUCAGAGCAUGGGCAGACACCUUCGGGGAGCCCAUGACUGCACGAAUCUCACCAGUCGAGUCCACUUCAUCCAUCGGGGGAACCCUCGACACUAUCAUCGAGGAGGAAAACCCUAUCCCUCUCACACUCCCAAGAUCCUCUGGGGCCCAGACCCCAUACUACCCCACCGAAGAAGACCCAUGGAGAGAGCAGACAGAUACAGAUGAGCUACUCGAGCAGCACCCCCAUGCAGACUCCCCGCCGUGGCAGCAUAGGGUCUUAUUCACAGACACCAACAAGGAGGACACUGUCCUCUGGUGGUUCACAGGAGCCCAAUCUCUCGCCGGAACUACCAAUAUUGGCCUCACUGCAGGUGCCAGAUCUGCCGACGCCUAUGGGACCUGGCCUGAGCCUGAUAUAAUGAAGUUGGACCUCACCCAGAGCUCGAACCUUUCCUCCACCCCAAACCCACCUUCUAUGUCGAACCCCCCUUUGUAUCACAAAGAGAGCUUCAGUGGUGGGUCUAUGAGAGAGAGGACUUCGACCAAAUCUUUGAAGAAUACCGAAGGUACUUCGCAUAUGUCUGGAACUGGAACCAGGUAUGGAUCGAUGGAAACCCCUAUCUCUUACGAUAUGAACCCGUCUUUCACCCAACCGACCAUCUCGACCGAUUGGACCCAUGGGUUAGAGCCCAGAUACAAAUCGACAGGCUCACCCGUGCGGGAGAAUAUGCCAAUGAUGAACCCCUCUUUGACCACUCCAAUGAGGAAGGUGACGAGUUCAUCCAAGGAUCCAGUAGAAGGCCCUACCGACGAAGAACUCUAUAAAAUGAACUGGGACCAGUUCUGGUGGCAUAUGCAUGAUCAGCCUGGACUGCUAGAUUUCUGUUUGAAAGGUGUUAGUUGGCACUUAAUUGUGAUGCAUCAGGAGUGUCAGUUAGAACCCAAGUGUCAACUAACACCUGGGCUAACAAAUCCCACAGGAUCCCGCGCCGGCAGUUAUGACAUCAGAGACAAGAACUGGCGAGGUUCGGAGUUUGAACCAGCGACGUGGCAAAAUAUUGACUAA